AUGUCAAAACAUAAAGCAUUGACGGUGCCGUUAACAGCGUACAAUAAAAUUUUAGAGAGAGCAGUAAAGGCCGAAACAAAAAUGGAGUUAAAUAAUGGAUUCAAAUGGUUUGUAACGGCUCGUUCUGCUAUAGAAGAAUUUGAACAAAGACAUGUUCGUAAUAUAAGAUUCGACCUUCCAAAGGAUAUAAGCGAUUUGUUUGAAAGAAGACGAUUAAGAAGAGAGAUGAGAUGGAAAUAUAUCUUAGAAAAAUGUGAGGCUUAUGAUGUGAAAAAUUUAUUACAUCGACUAGAACAUAACAAAAUGUUAAAAGAUGAAUUUUGUUUACGAAUUUCUCUUGCCUACAACCUGCUAUCAAAAACGAUACACAACUCAGUAUUAACACCAGGUUCUGGAGAAAUAGUUUUUAGUUACCUUACAACAGAUAAAGAAGUCAAUAAAGCCAUAAAAAUUUUCAUGCAGGAGUUUGAAAUAAAAGAUCAGAUUAUUGAAAUAAUUAAAUGA